AUGAACCAUUUGGUCGAUUCGAUCAAUAGUGGGCAGCUAAACCAACAAAGUACUGUAACAAAUGAUCAAGAAAGAGCCGCAUUGUCCCAGCCUUUGCAAUCUUCGCUUUUAAAUACAUGGCUUUGUACACACACUUCAGAAGCUUCUGACUACCUUCAUGGACAGUCUGAGUCUUCAUUAAUUACCUCGCUGCCCACUGAUGAUUGGUCUAUGCAUCUUACUUCCAGUAACACUAGCGCUCCACUAUUUGGCUUCACUGCAACUUUUCAGCAGCCUCACCCAACAAAUAUAAGCAGUCACGUUGCACAGACGCUUCCCUUAUCUAUGCAAGAAAGGCAUCCUGACAAACAAGCAGAUUCUAACUUUGGUCAGAUUUCUGGCAUGGCAUCCACGGAAAUUAAUUUGACAUGUGUUGCCUCAUCUGCUGGUCUGUCCUCUACUGAGACUAAUGUUCCUGAAAGCACAUCAUACAUGCACCCCAAACAAAUGGAUAUACUAGCGUCGAAUAUACUUAAUCCGAAUAGUAGUGUAUCAGGAUACCAGGCAGCCAGUUCUACUGAUUUAAUCCAUCCGUCGUAUGCUGGGGUGACCCGUUCUCCACUUCAGGCUCAGCUAUUGGAAAAUCUGAUAGCCGCGGCCGGUCAGCAAAGUUGUCGCGUAUUUUCUUCUACCUCACCACCUGAUGCUAAUUUCGCUCAGGCAUCCAGGCCAAUUGCUGUCCCACUUGAAAAGACACUGGAUCCUUCAAUUACAUCACUGACAUCGGACGCCACCUUCAUGGAUGCCCGUUCUCAUCUCUCAUCAAUGUCUAGCGUACAACCGAAAGCUUCUUCAAAUUUAGAUAAUGAAAUCUUUGCUUCUCUGUCUGGUGAUUUAGCUAAAUUAUCGGAAAGAUUACCCCCUAUACAGCCAGCAUCCCGGUUUCGCAAGUCUAGAAUACGAGAAACUGUCGAACAAUGGUCAUCUAACCGCAUAUCUAUUCAUGAUUGUCGCUUAAAAGCCGUGCCUUCUUGGGUAUCGGAUUUGCAACGCAAGACUUCGUCACUUGACAAUCAAGUUAUGGAUGUGCUCAAACAGGGAAAUAUAUGUGUUAAUUGUUUAGAUUCUAAUAAACUCGAGUUAAAUUGUUUCAACGUCACUUGUAUUCGGCCACUACCUAGACUGUGCAUGCUACGUGGUGAUAACCGGCCUGGAUGCCAGAGUAGGCUUCCGGCGCUUCUCGUCUCCGAGGCUACCAACGCUGUGGUUCAAAUGGCCGAGAAAGCACGAGCCUUGGUUGCUUGUCGCAAGAAAACUGAUGUAUUGCUCUCUAAUCUAUAUUCUUUUUGGCUAGAUGGCUACCGUGUUGACCAACCGUUGGUUGAUACCAACCUCUUUGAUAACUGUCUGUUGAAUGAGGCGCAACUAUCAACCGGCGGACCAGCAGAUGGGGUCGACUACAAGAAUCGAUAUACAACCGUAUCAAGACCAUCAGCAGACCUGCAGGAAAUCCCUACUAAUCAACAUCCGCGUCAUUACCAACAUCGUCACCAAGAGGAGAAUCGGCAUCGACAUCAUCGCUGCCGACAAUCUAUUGGUUUAGCCAAAUCCCAAGCAUGUGCAUCAUCAUCUUUAUUUAAAACGCAGUCGAAACCGCCUCCGUUAUCUGCAGACGUUAUUCAGCCAUGUCAUCCUGAGCCACCCUCUACAUGCUAUCUUCUGGCUUCAACGAACACUGCCCCACUGACAUCUAACGAAAACGAAAUCGAUUCGUGUCGACUUGACUCCACCGAUGCUGCCAGCCUCCAGAUACAACAGAAUCAGCAGCAGCAAGCUUCACUUGACAGACACGUAUAUCCCCCGAGUUUGCUCACUCAGACAAAUUUUGAGAUAUUGGCCUCAACCACAGGACUCGACCUUAACUUGCCUUACCGGCCUGCUUCAUGUAUAGACAUCACACAGCGCCUCUCCGAUUGCAGUCUAAACAGGUCUGAGUUGUCUUCAGUGCCCACUAUGUCUCUGGCUCCCAUUUGCCAACCCCAGCAUCCCAAAGAUACUAGCAACAUAGGUCAGUUAACCACUGGCGCCUCUACUUCUGUAUUUCGUGAAGCUGUGGACCCAGCUACUGCCUAUCUACGUCUGCAUCACGAAGAUUUAUUUAUCAAAGCUUCUACAGCGCCAAUCCAAGUAGCAUCGGCUCAGGUUCCCCAUGCCCAGGAACCACUAGAUCUCUCUUGGCAGACUGAAUCAUCUGGGCCUGGGGACCUCCGUCUCACAUAUCAAUCUGGAGUUACCGCUCAGACGUGUCUCCUGAGUUCCCAUUUGUCUACCGGCACUGGUGGUCCCUUGCCUUCAAUCGAGGAGAUUAACCAUGAGCAGAAUCAUCCCGAAAGUCUUCUUCCAGUUGUGAGCCCCCUUGUCAACGCAUUGGCACCACCCACCAGUCCUGCCCUGGCAAGUCUAGGUCAGCCGAUUAGUUCGCUCGAAGUAGUGCAGCCGCAUCAAUCGGCCCUUUUGCAACAGUUACCCUUGCCACUGUCACUACCGCUGCUUGGUGAAGGUGAUACGCCUAGUGCUUGUUUACCGACAAGCUUGACUUCUGCUAACUCCACAAUCUCAUUAUUGUCUAUUUCGUCCGCUACCACUACUACAACCUCGUAUGCCUCCGGUUCCUCAUCCUCGGGGGCCGAUUCGAUCUCAAUCUCCGUGUCUCAGGCCGCAAGGCCUACAGAAGCAUUGUCCAGCGAUCAGUCUAAAACUUUGUCCUCUGAUCCUAGAGAUCUUCAAUCAGUGAUUUUGGGUGUUGCCGAAGAUAAAGCUUUGGAUGAUAAACAGCUGAAAGCCAUUAUCCAGCAUCACCGGAAUUACCAACUUAGAAUAUUUCAGCAACAACAACCUCUCCUAGCUGCUCAAGCCCAACUGCCUCGGAUCGAUCAUUUCAAUAACGACUGGCAGUUAUCGGAGAUCACGCAAGACUGUCUCCCUGGUAGACGUAGCUCAGCCGAUCUCCCUGUAGCAGAAGACUCUGCUGACCAGUCCCUUAUUUACAGUUUGUCGGAAGACAAGAAUCGCCUCGAGCCCGAUAAAAACGAUAAUGAAACGGCCCAUGUUCUUCAUCAACUCGACUUUUCAAAAGAGGAACCCAAUCACUUUGUCAGCGUUCAUUCUAUGGAGUCGUCGAUAAUAUCAGGGUAA